AUGGACAGCAACGGCACAUAUAAUAACAGGGGUGAUAGGAGCAGGAGUGCUGUCUCUGGCAUGGUGCAUAGCGCAGGUGGGUUGGCUCGCCGGUCCGGCGUUGUUGUUGGUUUUUGCGGCUGUCAUUCUCGUUUCUGCAUUCCUCUUGUCGGACUGUUCCAUUUACCCGGAUCCCAAUUUCGGAUCCACCCGAAUCAGAUCCUACACUCAAGCCGUCAACUUCUUUCUAGUUGCAUUGCUCAUAUAAUCACUGCCGUUAUCGGCUCCGGCGUGCUGUCGCUGGCGUGGAGUACUGCGCAGCUUGGUUGGAUCGAAGGGCCGGUUGCUAUUCUCUGUUUUGCGAUCGUUAUCUACGUUUCUUCUUUUCUUCUUGCUGAUUGUUAUAGGUCUCCUGACCCUGUCACUGGGGAUCGAAACUAUUCUUACAUGCAAGCAGUUAGGGUCUUUCUUAAGGGUAGAAAGCAGGAAUGGUUCUGUGGGUUCCUUCAGAAUCGGAGCGUGUAUGGUUUUGGUGUAGCCUACGUUAUUACCACUUCAACCAGUAUGAGAGCAAUUCAAAGGGCCAAUUGCUACCACAGAGAAGGCCAUCAGGCUCCAUGUGUUUAUGGAAGCACCGUUUAUAUGGUGGUGUUUGGACUUACUCAGGUUGUGAUGUCACAGAUUCCUGAUAACAUCCAGCGGCUAUCAGCUAUUGCAGCAAUCAUGUCUUUUGCGUACUCCUUCAUUGGACUUGGACUUGGUUUGGCACAAGUUAUAAUAAAUGGAAGAAUUAAGGGGAACAUAACUGGAGUUCCGGCUUCUUCUACUGCAAACAAAUUAUGGUUAAUAUUCCAAGCACUUGGAGAUAUUGCUUUUGCCUAUCCAUAUUCAAUUAUCCUUCUAGAGAUACAGAAAACAAAGUCAUGAAGAAGGCUUCAGUGCUUGCAAUCUUUAUUACCAUCUUCUUUUACCUAUGCUGUGGAGGCUUUGGAUAUGCAGCUUUCGGCAGCCUUACGCCUGGAAAUAUCUUGACUGGAUUCGGAUUUUAGGAGCCUUACUGACUUAUCGACUUUGCUAAUAUAUGCAUCGUUAUUCAUUUGAUCAGAGGAUAUCAGAUCAAUAGUCAGCCAGUAUUUGCAUCAAUAGAAAGACGGGCUGUAAAGAAAUUCCCCAGAAAGCAGAUUUGUAAACAAGUUCUAUAGCAUCAAGCUCCCAGGGUUACCAUCCUUUCAGAUGAACCUCUUCAAUCUAUGCUAUCGAACCAUCUACGUUGCAUCGACAACUGCAGUUGCAAUGAUCUUCCCUUACUUCAACCAAGUUUUGGGAGUGCUAGGAGCUUUGAACUUUCGGCCUCUAACUAUAUAUUUCCCGGUGGAGAUGUACUUUGUGCAGAACAACAUUGCUCCUUGGACAAGAAAA